AUGGCGAACAGAAUCAAAGUCGCCAUAGCCGGCGCUACUGGGAACACAGGCUCUUCCAUUGUGAAUGCGCUGCUGAAGAGUCCCGAACUCUUCGAAGUUACAGCUCUAGCGAGACCCUCCUCGAUAAAGAAGCCCGAGCUCGUUGAGUUUGCAAAGCGAGGCGUCCACGUUAAGGCGAUUGAGCUAGAUGGGCCAACAGAGGCAAUUUCCAGAGUCCUCACUAACAUGGACGUCGUCAUCUCAUGCUUGACCUUGUUCACAUUUCAGGAAGAGAUGAAUCUUAUCGAAGCAUCGAGCAAGGUUAACGUGGGUCGAUACAUUCCAAGCUUUUGGGGCCCGGUCUGCGCACCCCGAGGCGUCAUGAUGCUCAGGGAUAAGAAACAGGAGUUCGUUGACCGUAUCUGGGACCUCCAUCUUCCUUACACCAUCAUCGACGUUGGAUGGUGGUAUCAGCUGACAUUGCCUGCCCUACCUUCAGGCAGAUUUCGCCCAAUGGUAGAAGAAUACUGCACCACGCGUGUGAUCGGGGACGGCAAUAUCCCUUGGGCACUUACUAACAAUCGUGACAUUGGAAAUUUUGUCAGCCGAAUCAUCGCCGAUCCGAGGACCUUGAACAAGAUGGUUUUUGCAUAUGGAGAGGUCAAGACACAGAAUGAGGCCUUCGACAUUCUUGAGAAGGUGUCGGGAGAAACUGUGACACGAGAAUUCAUGACUAAGGAAGAGCUGCAAGGCAUUAUCUCCCAGGGUCGCACAGGUCAGGACAUUAUGACAAUCAACCCCGAGAUUGGUAUGGGAGAGUAUCGGAAUCUGCUUGGUAUUCGAGACGAGAAUACUCCUGAGUAUGCACGCUAUCUUGGAUAUCUUGAUGCGAGGGAAUUGUAUCCAGAUGUGAAGUGCAUAAGCUUUGAAAACUAUGUCAGAGGUAUCUUGCAAACAGUUUGA